GCUUGGGCGCCGCGCGCGAGCGCUUCCCUUCCCCCUGCGAGCGCCCGGAUAAUGUCUGAGAAUGUCCAUUUCUGGGACGCUUAGCAGCUAUUAUGUCGACUCGAUCAUAAGUCACGAGAGUGAGGACGCGCCUCCAGCCAAGUUUCCUUCCGGCCAGUACGCGAGCCCCCGGCAGCCGGGCCACGCGGAGCACCUGGAGUUCCCCUCGUGCAGCUUCCAGCCCAAAGCGCCGGUGUUCGGCGCCUCCUGGGCGCCGCUGAGCCCGCACGCGUCCGGAAGCCUGCCGUCCGUCUACCACCCCUACAUCCAGCCCCAGGGCGUCCCGCCGGCCGAGAGCAGGUACCUCCGCACCUGGCUGGAGCCGGCGCCGCGCGGCGAAGCUGCUCCUGCGCAGGGCCAGGCGGCGGUGAAGGCGGAGCCGCUGCUGGGCGCGCCUGGGGAGCUGCUCAAGCAGGGCACGCCCGAGUACAGUUUGGAAACUUCGGCGGGCAGGGAGGCCGUCCUGUCUAAUCAAAGACCCGGCUACGGGGACAAUAAAAUUUGCGAAGGAAGCGAGGACAAAGAGAGGCCGGAUCAAACCAACCUCUCCGCCAACUGGCUGCACGCUCGCUCUUCCCGGAAAAAGCGCUGUCCCUACACCAAAUACCAGACGCUGGAGCUAGAGAAGGAGUUUCUGUUCAAUAUGUACCUCACCAGGGACCGUAGGCACGAAGUGGCCAGACUCCUCAAUCUGAGUGAGAGACAAGUCAAAAUCUGGUUUCAGAACCGGCGGAUGAAAAUGAAGAAAAUGAAUAAGGAACAGGGCAAAGAGUAAAGAUUCCCCCCAGCCCUCCCCACCCCUUCCCCAUCUCAUGCUUAUUUAUAAGGGAUGGCUGUGGAGCCUGUGCUGUCUGGGAUGUGUUCAAGUGAAUGGGGAAGGGGGUCUUUUUCUUCAAAGUCCUUUUCUGCAUCUAGAGCCUCUCUCCUUUCCUUUGCCCUCACCUGUCCUUCUCUUCUCCCUGGGCCUCAGGAGGGAGUUUUAUUGAUUUAGAAGGUAGAUAUAGUUGGUUCCUAAGAAGGUGAUGGGCCCCAAGGAAAGAGUGCCCCUAGUAGAGCCCCUAGCAACCCUCUUAAUUUUCCUGGGAAACCCCAGCCCCUCACUUCCAGCCUGCUUGUUUCCCCCCUGCACCUAUCCCAAAGUCACCCAGGGACACUCCAACUGCACACAGCCCAACAGACGUCCACCUGCAAAAAGCCUGGAGCCCACAGUAACAAUGGGAAGCACUCACAGUCAACACUCAAAUGAAGUGGCACCCUAAAUGCAGACCAUCACACCCCAAAUCUGG